GGACCCGGAUUUAAAGAGACAGGAGCUCCAACCGUUGUGAGCUGCCUACGGCCUGUGGGCGCCUGGACCCGAGGCCUCCGCUGUAUGACUUUGGUUUUUAAGAUCCUUUUCCCACAAGCUCUCCGUGCACUCAGCCGAAAAGAACUGUGCCUAUUCCGAGAACAACGUCACUGGCCUGACAUAAGACAAUUCAGCCAGUGGUCAGAAACAGAUCUCCUUCAUGGACGCUGCCUCCUCCAAAGAAGUAAGCCUGUUCUGUCAUUCCUGGGAGGCCAUCUAAGACCACGUGCCACCUGCCUUGUUUUCUUGCCAGGGUCGCAUGUGGGACUCUGCAGUGACCCCUAUGAGAUGGCCGAGCAACGGUUCUGUGUCGACUAUGCCAAGCGUGGUACAGCUGGCUGCAAAAAAUGCAAGGAAAAGAUUGUGAAGGGCGUUUGCCGAAUUGGCAAAGUGGUACCCAAUCCCUUCUCAGAGUCCGGGGGUGAUAUGAAAGAGUGGUACCACAUUAAAUGCAUGUUUGAGAAACUGGAGCGGGCCCGGGCCACCACAAAAAAAAUCGAGGACCUCACAGAGCUGGAAGGCUGGGAAGAGCUGGAAGAUAAUGAGAAGGAACAGAUAACCCAGCACAUUGCAGUGGUGUACAUAUUUUGCAAAGAGAUGCACAUCAGUCUGGUCCUCUGCUUGGCUAAAGGCAAAAUGAAUUCAUCUCUGUUGUUUCUCUCUCCAUCAGCCAAGCCAAAUAACUCUGGUGAAGCCCCCUCAAGCCCUGUCCUUAAGAAAAGUCUGUCUUCAAGCAAAUGUGACCCCAAGCACAAGGACUGUCUGCUGCGGGAGUUUCGGAAGUUGUGCGCCAUGGUGGCUGAUAAUCCUAGCUACAACACAAAGACCCAGAUCAUCCAGGACUUCCUGCGGAAAGGCUCAGCAGGAGAUGGUUUCCACGGUGAUGUGUACCUAACGGUGAAGCUGCUGCUGCCGGGUGUCAUUAAGAGUGUUUACAACUUGAAUGACAAGCAGAUUGUGAAGCUUUUCAGUCGCAUUUUUAACUGCAACCCAGAUGAUAUGGCACGGGACCUAGAGCAGGGUGACGUGUCAGAGACAAUCAGAGUCUUCUUUGAGCAGAGCAAGUCUUUCCCCCCAGCUGCCAAGAGCCUCCUUACCAUCCAGGAAGUGGAUGAAUUCCUCCUGCGGCUCUCCAGGCUCACCAAGGAGGAUGAGCAGCAACAGGCCCUGCAGGACAUCGCCUCCAGGUGUACAGCCAAUGACCUUAAGUGCAUCAUCAGGUUGAUCAAACAUGAUCUGAAGAUGAACUCAGGUGCAAAACAUGUGUUAGACGCCCUUGAUCCCAAUGCCUAUGAAGCCUUCAAAGCCUCGCGCAACCUGCAGGAUGUGGUGGAGCGGGUCCUCCUCAACGAGCAGGAGGUGGAGAAAGAGCCUGGCCGGAGACGGACUCUGAGCGUCCAGGCCUCGCUGAUGACACCUGUACAGCCCAUGCUGGCCGAGGCCUGCAAGUCCAUCGAGUACGCGAUGAAGAAAUGUCCCAACGGCAUGUUCUCCGAGAUCAAGUAUGAUGGCGAGCGAGUCCAGGUGCAUAAGAACGGGGAACACUUCAGCUACUUCAGCCGCAGCCUCAAGCCCGUCCUACCUCACAAGGUGGCCCACUUUAAGGACUACAUCCCCCAGGCUUUUCCCGGGGGACACAGCAUGAUCUUGGACUCUGAGGUGCUCCUGAUUGACAACAAGACAGGCAAACCAUUGCCCUUUGGGACUCUAGGAGUACACAAGAAAGCUGCCUUCCAAGAUGCUAAUGUCUGCCUAUUUGUUUUUGAUUGUAUCUACUUUAAUGAUGUCAGCUUGAUGGACAGGCCUCUGUGUGAGCGGCGGAAGUUUCUUCAUGACAACAUGGUUGAAAUUCCAAACCGGAUCAUGUUCUCGGAAAUGAAGCGAGUCACGAAAGCUUCAGACUUGGCCGACAUGAUAAACCGGGUGAUCCGGGAGGGGUUGGAAGGGCUGGUGCUGAAGGAUGUGAAGGGUACAUAUGAGCCUGGGAAGCGGCACUGGCUGAAAGUGAAGAAAGACUAUUUGAACGAGGGGGCCAUGGCCGACACAGCUGACCUGGUGGUCCUCGGGGCCUUCUAUGGGCAAGGGAACAAAGGCGGCAUGAUGUCAAUCUUCCUCAUGGGCUGCUAUGACCCCAGCAGCCAGAAGUGGUGCACGGUCACCAAGUGUUCAGGAGGCCAUGAUGAUGCCACACUUGCCCGCCUACAGAAGGAACUGGACAUGGUGAAGAUCAGCAAGGAUCCCAGCAAAAUACCCAGCUGGCUGAAGAUCAACAAGAUCUACUAUCCUGACUUCAUCGUGCCAGACCCAAAGAAGGCCGCUGUGUGGGAAAUCACAGGGGCUGAAUUCUCCAAAUCUGAGGCUCACACUGCUGAUGGGAUCUCCAUCCGAUUCCCUCGCUGCACCCGAAUCCGUGACGAUAAGGACUGGAAAUCUGCCACUAACCUCCCCCAGCUCAAGGAACUAUACCAGCUGUCCAAGGAGAAGGCAGACUUCACUGUAGUGGCUGGAGAUGAGGGGAGCUCUACUACAGGGGGCAGCAAUGGAGAGAACGAGGGCACCUCAGGGUCUGCUGUGCCCCGCAAGGUCCCCAGAGCCUCCCCCAGCAAGCCCUCUGCCAGUGCCAGGAAAGCAGAAGGGAAGCUGAGUAACCCCAGCAGCAAAGGCGGCAGCGUGCUGACUGCAAAGCCUUCCCCUGUGAAAGUGGGAGAGAAGCUGACCACGACGUCUUCUCCAGUGAAAGUGGGGCAAAAGCGGAAAGCUGCUGAUGAGACCGCGUGCCAAACAAAGGUGCUGCUGGACAUCUUCACCGGGGUGCGGCUCUACUUGCCGCCCUCCACACCGGAUUUCAACCGUCUCAGACGCUACUUUGUGGCAUUUGAUGGGGACCUGGUGCAGGAAUUUGACAUGGCCUCAGCCACACAUGUGCUGGGUAGCAGAGACAAGAACCCUGAGGCCCAGCAGGUCUCCCCGGAGUGGAUCUGGGCAUGUAUCCGGAAACGGAGACUGGUGGCUCCCUGCUAGGAUUGCUGCCCUCCGUCUCCCUUGGGCCACACUCGCCCUCACCACACUGCUGCACUGGGCUCAGGCUGAAGGCAGGCAGACAGGAACAGGACAGGGAAUGGGCUUCUUCAAAACCCACCAAUCCUCCAUGGUGUCUUCUGGACCAGGAAUUAGCUGCUGUGGGUACCACAAGUGAAGUCAGUUUCUCUCGCUAGUUUAAAUAGGACUUUCAGAUCUGGGUGCUGGCUGUCAUUUUUGUUUUCUUUGAAAAGGUUAGGGGUUGUUUUUGUUUUUAAAUAUAAGUAUCUUAUAGGUAUCUGUCCUUCCCCACCUGUACCCCUAUAAUUUCCGUAGUGAUUAAGGAAUAAAGGCUGGGCUAUUGAAGCCCUGUCCACGAAGUCUUCCCUCCCUGCCUGCCCUUUUAAAAAGUUGUAUUUAAAGGACUGCCCUCAGAAAUGUUUCUUAUAUUUAGUAGAACUUGUAUUCACCCUGGCCCCUUUUGCCAGGAGUAAACCCUCGUUUGAAAGAGAACAAAAUGAACUUCUAUGACGAUUCUUGUGUUCUCCGAUUACAGGGCGAGGAUCCCCAGUUUGAAGGGCGGGGACUAGGAUCAGGUAGGAAGUGUGGCCCUUGUGAAGAAAAGGGAGGUUAUUGGGCUGCCCCUCUGGGGGGAUAGAGGGCUCCAGGAAGAUCUGCCUUCCCAAAAUCUGGAAAUAAGACUGCUCUUUAAGAAUAAAAGCCCACACUUCAGAACAGAUCUAUACAACCUGCCUGACAAAGAACUGCUCCUGUGCCAGCUGAGGCUGAUUUAUUUGAAGGACAAAAAGACAACAAUUUAGUGUAGGUACCUGCUGUUCCAUAGAAUUUUUUCUAUUGGCUAUUGCCCAGGCUGGCCUCAAACUCCUGGG